AUGAACAAACUCCUGCCAUUCGUCCUCGCUGCGAUUGCAUUGAAUAGUGUAUAUGUCGACGCUACGCCUAUACGCGCCGCCGACCUCGCAGCAAGAGCUCCAAACCCUCAACUUGGUGGACCCAAGAUCCCCAUUCCCACUGGCGUACCCACUCCCGUCGCCAUCUCUCGACGCGGUGUGACCAACGAUGAAUUAGCAGCGCGACAACUCGGUGGACCCAGGAUCCCAAUCCCUAGUGGUGUCCCCACUCCCAUUGUCGAGUCCCGACGCCGCGCCGUUGACGAUAAAUUGGCCGCACGACAACUGGGUGGACCCAAGAUCCCAAUCCCCACUGGCGUACCCACUCCCAUCGCUAUCUCUCGACGCGGUGCGGCCAACGAUGAAAUAAAGGCACGUCAACUGGGUGGACCCAAGAUCCCAAUCCCCACUGGCGUACCCACACCCAUCGCCAUCUCCCGACGCGGUGUCGCCGACAAUAACCUCGCAGCUAGAGCUCCCAACCCUCAACUCGGCGGACCUGGCAUCCCCAUCCCCACCGGUGUGCCAACUCCAAUCGCCGUAUCUCUCGUGACCGAUAUCCAAGAACCGGGCUCGACACCGUCUGUGGAAUUCGAGCUUCCAGGGAGCGUUCUUACGGUCGCUGUUCCUGUGCCUACUGCGUCGGAGGGUGUUUCUGUACUUGUUAUUUCGGGUACUGCAGUUUCGCAGCCUGUAAUUUCGGGUGCACCUGUUUCUGUUCCUGUUAUUUCUGGUACUCCAAUUUCGGUGCCCGUCAUUUCUGGUACUCCCAUUUCUGUGCCAGUCAUCUCAGGUACACCAAUCUCCAUCCCCGUCAUUUCUGGAACGCCGAUUUCGGUGCCGGUUAUAUCAGGAACACCCAUAUCCGUCCCAGUCAUCUCUGGUGCACCUAUAUCCGUCCCAGUCAUUUCUGGCACACCCAUUUCAGUGCCGGUCAUCUCAGGGACACCGAUCUCCGUUCCAGUCAUUUCUGGUACACCCAUCUCCGAACCAGUCAUCUCCAGCACCCCAAUCACCGUCCGGCCAACCGACAGUGCGGACAUCUCGAGCAGCGCGCCCGUCGUUUCCAUUCCUGUUCCUGUUUCCUCGGGUGUGCUCAGCUCGGUUGAACCGGGUCCCACCGAAAGUACUAGUAUCAUCGUCAGUGGGAGUAUCUCUGAAUCUGUCCGGCCCACCGAAAGCGUCAGCGUCAGUGCCAGCGCAAGUGUAACCGCCCGACCUACCGACCAAGCCUCGCUGGAGACGACGACGGUCGUUCAGACCAUCCCGAGGGAGACCGGGUUGGUGACUGUGACGAGGACGUUGACGAGGAUUGUGGGGCCUACGGGUGUUGCUGGGCUGCCUGGGCGUGGGCAGGGUCGUCCUGGACGGGGACAAGGCAGAGGGCAGAGUCGUCCUGGUAGAGGACAGAGUCGGCCCGGUCGAGGUCAGGGACGAGGACAAGGUCGACCUGGAAGAGGUCAAGGACGAGGAAACGGGGUUGGAGUUGGUCGACCUGGUGGACGACCAGGACAAGGUCGACCGCAUAUUGUGACUGUUCGACCUCGUCCGCCUGUUGUGACUGUUCGGCCUACUGGGAGUGGAGUGGUCACUGUUCGACCGACUGCUAGUGGGAGUGGUGUGGUCACUGUCAGGCCGACUGCGAAUGGAAGCGGUGUAGUCACUGUCCGUCCUACAGGUUCGGCACCCGUCUCCAUCCCUGUCUCGAGCUCCGAAUCCCCUCAGACUUCCGGUUCCGCAAUCCCUUCGGGUUCAGCCAUCCCCUCGGGCGAAGAGACGAGCGUGUUCGUCACCUCGAGGCCUACGGCGUUCAGCAGUGUGUUUGAAUCUGAGUCUGGGAGUGUUAGGCCUACGGGUUCUGGAGUGGAGAGUAGUGGUGUUGGGGUGCCUACUGAGAGUGGGAGUGUUGGGGUGCCUACGGAGAGUGGAAGGGUCACGGUGCCCACGGAGAGCGGGAGUGUGAUCGUUUUCCCCUCGGUUACGGCCAGACCUACCAGUGCUUUUGCGUAA